AAAUAAAAGAGAAGAUAAAUGUAGACCAUAUUCUACUCGUUGAGUCAGAAUUCAUCAACGACCAAGAGAAAAUAAUAAAAGUGAAUUCCUCAGAAAUCGAGUAAGCGCAUUUAAUUCCCUUCACUUUCUUCGAGUUUCAAUUCAUCAAAAAAAAAAAAAAUAUGCCAUUUUUUCUACACUGUUGUAUACCACUCUUCCCUUGCACUCCACUUGAACAACUCACCAAACCCUAGAUUCCUUCCUCAAAAAUAAUCAGUAUUUACCCAAGUCAUAAAUCCACAGAUUUAUCAACAUAUCCACUUCAACAAUGGCGACAAAUUACAUUUUCAGGUACUACUUUGUAAUUGUUUCAUUUUUCUGUUUUAUUAUGGGUAGUGAUGUAUUUGCUGAAUCAUCCUCGUCUGCUUCAUUUGGGUUCAAAGAUUUUGGGAAAAAUUCCAAGUUUUUGGGGUCUGAAAUCGGGUUUUAUGGUGAUGCAAAGUUGAAUGAAAAUGGGUCUUUUGUUGGGAUAACUCAGUCUCGGAAUUACAGUGCGGGUCGGGUUAUGUACAGAAGACCUGUUAAGUUGAUGGGAAGAAAUGGGAGUCGGAAGUUCUCAUUUGGGACGUAUUUUACAUUUUCUCUCUCCUCAGAAAACGGGGAUGGGAUUGUGUUUGUGAUGCUUCCAAACGGGUUUUCUUCUAGCGGGUAUAAUGGGAAACUUUUCGGGUUGUCGAAUGAACUGAUUGAGAAGAAGGAUAGGGCUUUUUUUGCUGUUGAAAUUGAUACUAAAAUUGAUUCCGAAUUUGGAGAUUUGGAUGAUAAUCAUGUUGGGGUUAAUGUUGGUAGCUUGGUAUCCAUUAAAGUAACAAAUGGGUCAGAUUUGAAAUUGGGAUUGAAUAGUGGGAAGAAACUACAAUGCUGGAUUGAUUAUGAGGCGAGUUCGAAACGAAUCGAAGUUCGAAUGAGUGAAUUAGGUAAAGAAAGAGCAGUUUCGCCAUUGUUAUCUUGUCCAAUUGACUUAUCAGAGAUGUUUAAGGAGGAGGAAGUUUACUUAGGAUUAAGCUCAUCAAAUGCAAACUCUACUCAAGUAUGCAAAUUAUACUCAUGGAGCUUUAAAGUGAGAGAAGUUCCAUAUUGGAUGCACUCACAUCCAUUAGACCCUAAAACCGGCGGUAAGGAUGUGGAGCCAGUGAUCGUUGAGCAGAAGAGCGACUGUAAAAUUAAAGUGAUUACAGCUCUGAUUCUUGGCACUGCUUGUGGAGCAUUAGGAGCGUAUACUGCGAUGUUUAUUUGGAGUGUUCUCGUUUCGAAGAAGCCGGUUGUUCCUGAAGAGUUAAUGGUAAAACCUAUGAUGUAUGAUUAUGACAAAGUUCAUGUUGUUGCAGUUGAUAAAUCUGAUGGUAAGAUCUGUAAGAAGUAGUAGGCUUAGGGUUAGAGUUUCUGAUUUUUUUGGGGUUGAUGUAAAUGUAUCUUAUCUAUUCUCUGGUGUUUUUGUAUGAUUUAUGGUUGAUUUUUAGCCUGUUUUGCUGUUUAAUCUGAUAGGAGUGUAGUAGGUUAAUUAUAAUUAGUUUGAACAAUGUAGUAAGUGUGUUGAUGUUGGUACUCUGGUAGUUAAUUGUUAAGGCGUAAGCCUUGGUUGAA